UGUGUACACACUCAACCUCAAACUCCUUAAAGUUGAGUUGUGCUGUGCUGUGCCGUGUUCUGUGUAGCUAUAGGUUUCUUUCUCUUCUCUGUGUCAAGUCUUUUGUAGAUGAGACCACCUCCUGGUGGGCCUGGGCCUGGACCUAUUGUUGGUCCUCCGCCGGGCUUUCUUGGUGGCCUUUUCAGUGGCUUGUACAACACCAUAUCUUCUUGUGUCUACGUGCUAUGCUGUUGCUGGUUGAUACAAGACUGUUUCGGCGGUCCAGCUGGGCCUCCUGAAGGCCCACGUGCUCCUCCUGGCCUAGCUUGGCCAACUCCUCAGCAACCUGGCCCACCGGGCCUUGCUUUACUGCCUCCUCCUGGGCCUCCAGCACCUCCUUUCGACCCAAUUCCCCCACCUGGACCUUCUUUAGGCCCACCAGGCCCUUUUGGGCCUCUAGGAGGCCCACCUAGUCCUCCCGGUCCCGGACCUUAUGGGGGUCCGCCGCCAUGACCAUAUUGUCAUUAUUGUAUUGUAAUGCAUAGUGGCAUAAAGAUUUUUCUACGUUUCAUCAUAUGCUUGUCACUGUUCAUUCACUAAGAUAUUCAGUGUCCAAACAAAUAAGUGAGAACAGUGAGUGGUAGUAAUUACUAAAGAGUAGCUUUUCUUUAUGAUUGUUGAAAAGUUUAGUAGUAAACAAGAUUGUAUGGGAUUUUGUAUGAAUAAAUUUAGUUUUAUGUAAAUUACACCGAUAAGAGUAUGCAAUGUCAAGUAAGGAUCCACAUUUUUCUCA